UAUGACGUGCACCGGGAGGGACUCAAGGUGACGCUGAUUGAAGCCUGCAACGUGAGUCCGUUGGACAAUCGUACACCCACCAUAAAUGCCAGAUGCGACGUCCAGUUGAAGAGCAGUGAACACCCAGGUCGGGUCAUUAAUCCUCGACCAAAGUAUCGAUUCAUUCCGGGGGGAGCCAAGGGUAAGGCCGGCAGCGACAGCCCGGGUGGGGUUAGGCAGACAAAGACUGAAACUGCCUGGCCCGCCUCCUCGACUGUCAUCUGGAGGACACAUCAUCCUGUGUGGAACGAAACCUUCUUCUUCGACAAGAUUCCAAAUAGAAAACUGAAAAGUUACGUGCUCACGUUCACACUGCACGACCACCCAAAACCCGCAGUCGCAUCUGAGAGACCAGAAGUUCGUCUCGGAGAGGUGCGAUUCCCGCUGGUGAAAAUAUACAAGCAAAUAGAAGCAGCAUCAAAAGACACUCAGACGAAACCGAAAGACGACAAUGCGACCGUGAAGGAAGGCGAAGAGGAGGGUCCCACGCAGGCAGCUGACGAUACAUAUGAAAAUUGUGAGUGA